AUGGAGGCGCUCGUGCAGUAUCGCUUCGCCACCUACGACGAGGCCAAGGCGGCCAUCGACGUGACCAUGAAGGACCUCGGCUUCGCCCUCGCCGUCGUCUACAAGCGGCCCUCCAAGGACGACCCUCGCCGCACCCUCCUCCGCUGCUGCCGGGGCAAGACGUACCCGAAGCCGAGGUCCUCGGGCGUCGAGCCGACGCGUCGUCGCCGCAGCAGCUCGCAGAUGACCAACUGCCCCUACCGCGUCACCAUCAAGCAGCGCUAUCCCGGCGGGCCCUUUCAAGUCGCCGCCCUCAACCGCGCACACAACCACGAGCCGGACCCGUCCUACGCCGGCUACCGAAGAAAGGCGGUCGAGGCCCGCCGGGACGAGAUCCUGAAGCUCGUCGAGAGCGGCUUCCGCCCCAAGGAGAUCCAGGCCUACUACGAGGACAAGGGUGACGAGGAGAUGAAGCUGGUCAACAGGGCCGACAUCCGCAACAUGAUCCAACGCCACCUCACACGCACCGGCGCGCCCGUGGCCGCCGCCGCCGCCGCCGCCGACGGAGAGGCCGACGACGAGGCCGACGACGAUGCCGACCGAGGUGCCGGCGACGAUGCCAAGGGGCAUGGUGAGGGAGAGACGGAUACGGCCGAUGCGGGCGUCGACUGA